AUGGCCGCAGCAGCUGCAGCAGUGGGGCUCGUACCUGGGACGGGAUCCCUGCCCCAAUUAGCGGCAGCGAGGGGAAGGGGGGCUCCUCCCCAGCGCUGUGAUGCCAUCCCCUUCGCCGGCAUAGCGCGAUGGUCGUCGCCAUACAGUCACUUUUUCGGGAAGAAUUUGCCGGUGACGAGGACGAGGCGUAAUGCCGUCGGCUCCUUUGCUCCUUCCAGGACUCUGUCCCCUGUCAUGGAGUGGCAGGACUGCAGGUAGGUUCUCCGGACAGAGGUCUCUCUCCCGUUCCUUCCAUGCUUUCUGAUCUUUGAGAUGGAGGAGAAUAGUUUCCCACAAGUGAGUUGCCGAUGCCGGAUCUCCGAUUCGCACGGGAAUUAGAUUUCUUCGAAGUAGCGUUUCGGACUUUGAUCGCGUCUACUGGGAAACUGCAAGCUCCUUUUCACAAUGGGUUGCUCAUGAAUUACUUCAGAUUUCUGAUAUUAGGGUACAACGCCGCUUUCUGGCAUGGAAUUUGGGGAAAUCGUCUGAGCGUUCCAUUUCUUCUACUAGUAUUCAAGCUGAUUCAUAUGAAUUUGAAAUAUUCUCCACAAGCUUGAUUUGAACGCUGGCAGUAUUUAUAUAUGGCUAUUCAUUGAAUCUCCAACUUCUUCAGUGCAGAAAUCGAAAUCGAUGUCCCUUGCUCAGUUGCUUACGACUGUUAUUCUGAUCGCGAAUUGAUCUCGGAAUGGAUGCCGUUUAUAUCGUCAGUGGAGGUACUCUUCCUACCCCUAAUGAAGUUAGCCCACCCAUCGGAUCCGUUCAUACAAUAUCUAUUAUAUGUCUUGGGGAAGCUCGACAUAUCGGGGAUUAAAGGGUUUAGUACUCUUUAAUCUCGGUAUUAAAGCCGAUCCUGUUAAAUUUUCCACACUGUUCUCAUCAAAACCGUAAUGAUCACUCAUAUAAUUCCACGCACUAUUGGAAUCUAGAGAGAACCGCUGAUAUCCAUACGUUCGCACCCAUUCACACUUCUCCACUCUUUUUUCGAUCUUCAUUCAUUGAUUUUAAAUCUAAUUAUGUCGGCAAUGUCUCAGCCUUCAUUCUGAAUCGGAUCAAAUGGUGCUUUUAACUGAACUUUGAGUGUAUGUUUAUGGUCUGUGUUACAUUUGGUUCAGUUUGAAUCCGACAUGCUCUUCAUCUUCCAAAGUUUUUCUUCAAUACACUUCCAUGAACAUAGGUGCUCUCAAUCUUACCAGAUUUUGAAGGACAAGCCCGACCUGUCUCGAUGGACACUUAAGUACGAAAUCUUUGGUCGCGACGUUGAGUUUGCAUGGCUUGCCAGAAAUAUGCAGGUGGUCCCCAUGAGGAAAAAAUCCAUAGUUUACCACUUUUAUGGAUAUUUUUUUGUUGACUGUUUUGGUCUGUCGUGCUCAGCCAAUAAGAAACCAGAAAAUCCACUGGCGGUCUCUUGAAGGCCUUCCAAACAGGUGCGUGCAAUCCAGGGAUCGUUAUUUUCAUGUUAUUUUGCAACACAAGAGUUUGAGAACAUAAGUAAAUAAUUACUGGGAAAGAAGUAAUCAAUGAGUGAAUACAUGACCCUUGGGUAAUAUCUAAUGUAUUUAUGUCUACAUAUAUGUGGACAUUUCUGAUUAAGAAUAGGAGAAACUAGACGGUAAAUCCUAGGGAAAAAUAUUUAUAUUGAGAGUUAGGGUGCUUGUGUACACUGAUUUUGGGUAAUAUCUCACAUUUUUAUAUGUAUAGACAUUGCUGACAAACGAAGGAAAUUCAGGAAAAAAGUGGUUUUUGGAGAGUCCAGGUGCUUUUAAUCUACGUUUUGGACAAUAUCUGAUGAACAUACGUGGACCACUGUGGAUCAAAGGGGAAACGAUAUGUUAACAUUAAAUUACAAGAAAACAUGGGCUUAUUGAGAGUAAGGAUACUUGAUUGAAUACACGACUUUUGGAUAAUCUAAUGCACAUAUGUGUAUCUGUGUAUAGGUAGUGUUGAUAGAAAAGGAAACGAGAAGCUAACCAUCAAAAUUUUGUAAAGAAUGGCCUAUUUCAUUCAUGGUAUUGCUGAUUAAGAAUAGGAGUCAAGGUGCUUGAGUGUGCAGUUUUUGGUUAAAUAUAUAAGGAAGAUCUUAUGGAUUAGUUUUUCAAUCGUGUGGUUUAAUAUAUCUUUGUGUUGUGAAUAGAUGAUCGCCUGCCUUACUUAAUGCCUGAAAUUCUCUGUCAUCAAUGAAGUGGUCACCAUGUUUCCCUACUUGUCAGUAUCCAUUCUAUAGAAGCUCAACAAUGAUUUCCCUCAUUUGUUAACAUACUGAAGUGAAUGGUCCGGCUGUUUGGAGUGAAACUCUACCAUGACCAGUUGCUGGCAACGAACAAGAGAGGCCCAAGAAGAAGAAUAGGGGGGUUGAGGGCGGGGGCGCCUUAGAUGGACAGCCUCCAUAUUCUUAUUGAUUCCUCUAGUUUAUGAAGAUAUUAGUGGUUCAUUUGGUUAGCGUCAUUACUCUGUGUGUGUGUGUGUGUGUAAGAGAGAGAGAGAGAGGGGGAGAGACAGAGACAGAGACAGAGAGAGACAGAGAGACAGAGAGAGAGAGAGAGAGAGAGUCAGUCAGUUAAUUGAUUUAUCAAAAGUUUUAUAAAUAUAUUUGUGGUUCAUUUGACUAGUGACGUGAAUGCGUUUCCCAAACUAUUCUCUACAAGUACUUUUCCUUCAGUUGUAUGCUUAAUGAUGUGCAGGGGAGCAGUAAGAUUUUACCCAAAGGGCCCAUCUUCAUGCAGAAUAGUGGUGAGACUUUGCUUCAUCUGCAUUUCCCCCCCUCCCACUCCGAUGCUCUCUCUCUCUCUCUCUGUCUCUCACUCACUCACUCACUCCCCAUCCCCCUAUUGACAUAUCUCUCAGUGGCUGAAAUGUAAGAUCGGUUCGUCCCCAUCUGUCUGUCUUUCUAUCUAUCUAUCAAUCUUGUGGGAUUGUGGGUGAUGACUCUACCAGAGCCCAGUAGUCAACCCUCUCUCUCUCUCUAUCCCUCUCUCUCAUGGUGAUAUUAAUUCUUCUCGCAGCUGACAGUCUCCUACGAAAUUCCUCAGAUCCUGGCCCCCGUGGCAUCGGUAAAUAUCCCUUUCCUCGGACCAUGCCUUAAUGGGUUGGACCAAUACUCAAAUGGUCUCACUUUAUGAGCUUCUGAGCCUUAAUGGGCCUCCGGCCAAGAGGCCAUUUUUCAUGGCCUGCCCCUAAAAGCCUCAACUUUCUCUCCGCAGGCUGUGAAACCCUUCCUCGAGGGCCUCCUCCUCCGUGGCUUGGAGGCCUUCAGCACCUUUGCCAAGAAGUAUAAAGCCGGGGUACCAUAA